GCCGUCCGGCUCCAGAAUGUGUCAGGAUACAGACUUUGGCGUAAAGCCAGCCUGAGUAGGGAGAGACACAGCAUCGCCCUGACCUCCCGUGGAGCAGAAGUGGACUCCGAGGAGGAGGAGGAGAAAAGAGCCUUCAGCACUGGAGAGCACAGCACACUGAACACAUCACUGCUCUUACUUCCAUUACAUUGUGUGUGUGUGUCUAUAUGUGUUACUGCUGCUGCUGCUGCUUGUCUCUCUUAUUCCUGCACUUCUCUCCCACCCAGUCUCCUGCCCAUAUCCCUCCUCUGUCUGCUUAGUCUGAAUGCAUCUGUCACAGAGGAGGGGAGAAGAAGAAGCAGAAAAAGAAAAUCAAGCAGGAGGGAGAAACGAACGAGGGGAGGAAGUUCCUUACACAAGGGGAGGGGGGAAUUAGGAAGAGUACUUGGGAUGGGGUUAAAAAAAGGAGAAGAAACGACAAGAGUUAAUUACCUGCUGGGAAUAAAUCAAGUGGAAAUACCUGGGUUUUAUUUUUUCUCUCUUUUUCUGGAUUUAUUCUGAAUUUUGUGAUCAAAGCAUUCUGCCAUUCAGAUUUAUUGUGUGCUUUGUGUUUUUUUCCCCUGUUCCCCCCUUUUUCAUAAUCUUUUUUUUUUUUUCUACAAAGGCGACCUGUGAUCAGCCAUUACUUUCCUUGGCAGGCUUGUAGGAAUCUCUGGCAUUAUUAUUUUUGUAUGUCUCUAUGUGGUGGAAUCACACUCAACCUUUUCUCUCCAUUCCAGUUUGUGUGCAUGGAUCUCAAGGAAGGUGAUUUGUGCUCCCAAGAUCUUUUUUAUUAAUUCUUCUUUUUUUAUGACCAUUUUUAUUCCAUUGCUUUCCCAGAACGUGGUGUUUUAUUAAUUAUUUUUGAUCAGGAGGGGAGGGGGAGUAGGGGAAGGGGAAAGGGAAAAGGGGGGUGGUUGCUGGUGUCUUGGUGCUGCUGCUGCUGGUGUUGUGGGUGCAAUGGAUGGCCCACGGUGCAAUGGCUUUCGCAAAAAGAGAAGAUCUAAAUCCCAAAGGGAUCAGGAGGUUAGAUCCAAAAGUGGAUUAAGGGUUGCCAGGACCGGUUCUCUGCUUUCCUCAUCUGGAUCUGAAAAAGAAGACAAUGAGAACCCAACCGGCUCCUCCUUGCCCAGACCCAAACCACCCAGGAGAAAGAGGAAAGAGUCCUCUUCAGCUGAAGAAGACAUCAUUGAUGGAUUUGCAGUGACCAGCUUUGUGACUUUUGAGGCUUUGGAGAAGGAUGGGGCCUUGAUGCCAGAUGAAACAGAUGAAACGCAACAGACACCACUAACAAAAAAGAAACGAGAUAUUUUAAGCAAUGGACUCUCUUAUAAAUCCCAGAAGAACAACAAAUUAAGUCAUAACUACGGCUCAGACAGGGAAAAUGACCGUAACAUUUGCCAGCAGUUUGGAAAAAAGACAUAUCAGAAGAGAUACAAAGAGCUCAAGCCAAGACAGAAUAAUUGCAGAGACAGCGACAGUGAGAACCAUAUGAAGGAAUCAAAGCCUUCUAAGCGAAAUGCUUCACGGGACAGACUAAGUGAUAGUUCAGCUCCUUCCAGUUUGGGAACAGGAUAUUUUGUAAGUACAGAUCAACUUUUAUCACCAUACUUCUAAGGUCAAUGCCUGGCUAAUGAUAGUAAACGUGUAUUAUGUCAGUAAUUCAUAAUUCUAAAAGUAAUAUAAAUACUUUAUCUUUAUUAU